GGACGAACCAAGCUACUUCCUGUUUUGAUAUUUUUUUGGGGGGGUUGUUUCGUUUCACUAUCGUAGCUAGGAGAGAGACAAGCCAGAUAGAUAGCUACAAUGAAACGCUAUCACUUUACUAACAGGUAGGCUGUUAAAAAACAAGACUGAUACAAACUAGCGAUACCGACAUAGGUACCGUUGUGCUUUGGAGGUUCCAACUGUUUUUGUGCUUGUGGAAUAUGGCACUGAGUUCUGGCGGUUGGGGUAAACCGCCUGUGCCAGCCCCGUCCCAGUCUGUACAUGGCGGGCCCGCGCUGGCUAACUGCAAUACCGUUUUGAUGUCGGUACGGGUGUCGGUUUGCCAUUCGGGUAUUCGACCGCUUUGCCUCCCUGGAGCUGGCGAUGAGGCUCUCCGUCUUCAACUUAGCAUGGACCCCAGCAAAGCUGGAGAGUUUCGGCUAGCACUGAGGGACAUUAGCGGAAGCGGCCGUAGUGUGUUCAUUGCCGAGUUUGACCUGCGCUCUGUGCAGUAUGAGGUCAAGUCCCCAUGCCUUCACGAGAUGCACUUGGCCACGCCCCCUCAUGACUGUAUCCGCUUCAACUUCCGCUGUGACCUGGAGGCUGAGCAGUGGGCCACUGUGGUGAUGUCAUCACUAAGAGAGGCACACAGAGUUGCUGUAAAUAGUUCCCCACAUCCUAUGGAUGACCGACAGCAGCACGCAGCAGAAGCUCUAGAACAGUGCAGCACAGCCUCCUUACCACUCACUGAGGAGCUGUGCUUGGAGCUUGCCCGGGCGAUCGAGGCAGGUGACAGCCAGGGUGCUGCUCAGCACGCGUCUGCUCUAGCUCGUCAGAAGGCAGUGCUCACUAUCCAACUGUCUGAGAAGAGUUACGCCGAAGGAGAGAUAAGUUUGUCUGUGGCAGUGGAAGACAUCUCCUCUUCCUGUUGCGUCACAGUGAAAGUCUUUCCCCACAUGACUGUCGCAGCACUCAAGCAGCAGGUGUUUUUGGAGUAUGGCUUUCACCCUCGCGUGCAGCGCUGGGUGAUUGGACAAUGCCUGUGCACAGAGCCUAGGUCCCUGGCCUCGUAUGGGGUCCAGAGGGAUGGGGAUACGGCCUACCUUUACUUGGUCUCAGCCCGCCACGCCCGCCUCACCCGCCAGCUAUUCCAUCAGGACCAGGAGGGUGCCCAACUCACCCCACCCCCCAGCAACGGGCCUKUGUCCCAGGACUGGAGGGGCUACAGCACCCUGCCCUCCAGGCUCAGCCACAACACCCAGGGGAGCACCGGAAGUGGGGCCGAGAGGUUGGGUACGAGCGAGAUCCGAGACGCCCUCAACCUGGAGACGCUGCAUCUUAUCGAUAAACCUGAUAAGCCCAGCAAAGCCAGUAAAACACAGACCGAAUGGGCGUGUCCCUCCUGCACCUUCAUCAACAAGCCUACCCGACCAGGCUGUGAGAUCUGCAGUACAGCCAGACCUGACUCACGCAAGCACAGCCGCAUACAACAGGAGAAAGGAAGAAGAGAGGAGCAGAUCAGUGCAUUGAGCAGUUAACUGCCUCAACCGUAACCUAUACAAUAACCUGGAAGACUGAUCACUCACACACCAACUUAGAGCUACAAACCCACCACCACUACUGACAUACUAUGAUGACACCUCUGGACGCUGCAGCACAAACAUUGAACUCCACUUGCUGAGGCUCACAAAAGGAACUACCUGUAUAGUCAAUGAGCUGGCUUUUGACUCUGUGGACAUGAGUCAGCAUCCUUUGCCUUGUGGCAGACUUUACCAUUUAUUUAUUUUACAUAAGGGAUGGGGGGGUGGACUAGUCCAAUAUUUAUUUUAGAGGGGUGGGUGGUGCUUCUCUCAUCCCUCUACCUGAUAUAUCUCAGAUGAGAUAAUAUUGUAUAUUUUUGAAGUUGGCCAACUGUGAAAGUCGAUACUUUGAAAGCUGAAAAAAGCUGUUUUUAAAACCCGGGCCUGUAUUUAAACAGUCUCAGAGUAGGAGUGCUGGCUGUCCCAACCCCCCCCAAAAAUAUUGGUUGACCGAAAGUAGUCUGUUCUUUCGA